UGGCUACUCUACUUCCAGCAUCAAGGUUGGAUUUCAGACAGGAAAAAAAGGGCAAGGCUCCAAAUGGUCCUUUGCCAGAAAAAUGGAAGCUUUCUAGGAAGUUCUAGACGGUAGACUUCCACUUGCACGCCUCCCUUAGCUGCAGGACCUGCAGAGGCAGUGCAUCUACAGACGUUGCUGUCCAGGGUUUGCAUCUUUUACUCCAGAACAGCCCUGUUUUGGAGAGAGUUUUGCAUGCAGUCUACAAGAGAAAGCUGAGAGAGGAAGUCUGCCCCAGCCAGCCAAUCUGCCCUGCCUUAGCGAAGAGCACAUCUGGAAGUGUUUUCAGGAGAAGCCUCUGUCUGCACAAGGUUUGGAUUCCCAGCUGCUGAAGGAGUGGAAGAAACCCGAGCCAUUCAGUCAACGCGAGCAAGCAGAGGUGGGUGUGGACGGCUGAGGCACACUCUCUUGGAAACAGCUUAUUGGCAGUGAGGCUCGUUAGCCCUUUGGGAUUUCCAAUGGGAUUUGGGAAGCAGCUGAAGCAACAGGAAGCUUAGCCGUCCUGUGAGGCCAGCCUCAGUUUGAACGCUCAGCUCUGCAGCAGUUCUGGACCAAGUUGCCCAAAGCCUACCCUCACAUCCAUCAGGUCCUUAUUACCCAGGUGGAAACACAUGGCUCUUCUACGCAAAGUUAACCAAGUGUUGCUGUUUCUUCUGGUCCUGACGCUCUGUGGGAUUCUGUACAAGAAAGUUCGUAAAGGAGCUGUACUUAAGAACGAAGCAGAUGAUGAUUCCGAGUCCCCCGAGGACGUGGAAGAGGAGAUUCCAGUGGUGAUCUGUGCGGCCGCAGGGAGAAUGGGCGCGGCCAUGGCGGCCAUCAACAGCAUCUACAGCAACACUGACGCCAACAUCAUGUUCUAUGUAGUUGGACUUCGGAACACUCUGCCUCGAAUACGAAAAUGGAUUGAACAUUCUAAACUGAGAGAAAUAAACUUCAAGAUUGUGGAGUUCAAUCCUAUAGUCCUCAAGGGGAAGAUUAGACCAGACUCCUCGAGGCCUGAGCUGCUCCAGCCUCUGAACUUCGUUCGGUUUUAUCUCCCUCUGCUUGUCCACCAGCAUGAGAAAGUCAUCUAUCUGGACGAUGACGUCAUUGUACAAGGCGAUAUCCAGGAACUGUAUGACACCACCUUGGCUCUGGGCCAUGCAGCGGCCUUCUCAGAUGACUGUGAUUUGCCCUCUGCUCAGGACAUCCACCGACUUGUGGGGAUACAGAACACAUACAUGGGCUAUCUCGACUACCGGAAGAAGACCAUAAAGGACCUUGGCAUCAGCCCCAGCACCUGCUCAUUCAAUCCUGGUGUGAUUGUCGCCAACAUGACCGAAUGGAAACACCAGCGCAUCACCAAACAGCUGGAAAAAUGGAUGCAGAAGAAUGUGGAAGAAAACCUCUACAGCAGCUCCCUGGGAGGAGGAGUGGCUACCUCUCCGAUGCUGAUUGUGUUUCACGGGAAGUAUUCCACCAUCAACCCGCUGUGGCACAUAAGGCACCUCGGCUGGAACCCUGACGCGAGAUAUUCGGAGCACUUUCUGCAGGAAGCAAAGCUACUCCACUGGAACGGAAGACAUAAACCCUGGGACUUUCCUAGUGUUCACAAUGACUUAUGGGAAAGCUGGUUUGUCCCUGACCCUGCAGGGAUCUUUAAACUGAAUCACAAUAGAUGAAACACUCCUACAGUUAAAACACUCCCUGGAUAAAAAUGGAAUGGGCCCUUUGAAUCCUCUCGCACUGUUUGUGAGCAACACUUCUGAUAUAUGAUCUACAAUGUAAGAAACAAAAACUACUGUGUACAAUUAGAACCGGGGCCCAUAUGGACAGACUUAACUUCCUGAACCUCAGAUGAGCUUAGGAGCAGCCUCUACCCAUUCCUUUUGGUGUUUUGAGACGGGGUCUUGCUACGUACCUCAGGUCUUGACCUGAAUGACAACUGUAUCUGAAAACUCAAAAUCUCUAAUUUCUUAGUUAGAUAUUCUUGUAGCGGUUCUUUUGUUUUGAUUUUAAGAUGGGGUCUCCCCGGCUGGGGAAGGUGUUUAAGAGUAUGGCUGCUUUUCCAGAGGGUCCAGGUUUGAUUCCCAGCACCCACAUGGCAGCUCAGUUAUCUGUAAAUACAGUUCUAAGGGAUCUGACCUUCUCUUCUGGCCUUCAUAGGUACUGGGCACACAUGUGAUGUACAGACAUAUUGCAGGCAAAACAUCCAUACAUGUUUUUAAAAUAAUAUGAACAAGUUAGCCGGGUGAUGGUGGCACAGGCCUUUAAUCUCAGCACUCAAGAGGCAGACAGAGGUAGACAGAUCUCUGUGAGUUCGAGGCCAGCCUGGUCUACACAGUGAGUUCCAAGACAGCCAGGGCUACACACAGAGAAACCCUGCCUCAAAAAACAAACAAACAAACAGACAGACAGACAGACAGACAGACAGGGUCCCUCUAUAUAUCUUUGGAUAACUUGGAAUUCACAAAGAUGUGCAUGCCUCUGCCUCCUGAGCACUGGAACUGAAGGCCUGGGCCACCACACCUGGCUGAAAGCUUUUUCUUUUUUUUAUAACUGGUUGUCAUUUUUGUCUUUUAUAAAAUUAUAAAUUAAAAAUUGUAGUAUCUGUAAAAAUAAACUAUUCAAGCUUU